AUGGCUCCCGUAAAGACCCAAAAACUAGGAAAGAAACACUCUUUGGCUUCCAAAGAUAAGAAAGUCACUAAGAAAGCAAAGAUAUCUGUCGAUUCCUCUGAGGAAGACAGUAUUAGUGGGUCGUCAUCGUCAGAUGAAGAUGAAUUGGACGAAAUCCUUUCUAACAGUGAAUCUGAAGAAGAUGAAUUGGACCAAUCCUCUGAAGAAGAUGAACUAGACAAUGAAUCAGGAGAUGAAAGUGAGUCAGAAGGUGCAGAUGAAGACGAAAACGCUGAGGAAAAGAGCGCUGAUGGGGCUGCCGCCACACCUGGCCAACAUGCCGAACAACGUAAGCUACUAAAGGAGAGAAAGAUGCAACGUAAGUCAGGAAGUGAAGUACAACAGAUCAAGUCUCUAUGGGAAAGACUUCGUGUGAAAAACCCACCAAUGCCAAAGGCUGUCCGCGAGAAGCUCUCAAACGAGAUCUGGGAUCUUUCGAAGGACUGCAUCAGUGAUUUGGUAUUGAAGCAUGAUGCCUCACGUGUGGUGCAAACCCUCGUGAAGUACUCGUCAAGAGAACGCCGUGACCAGAUUGUGAACUCUUUGAAGGGCAAGUUUUAUCUACUCGCAACCUCGUCUUACGGGAAAUAUUUGCUUGUCAAGCUCUUGCACUACGGGUCGAAGCAAUCGAGACAACUUAUCAUCGAUGAACUCCAUGGAUCGCUAAGAAAAUUAAUGAGACACCGUGAAGGUGCCUACGUCGUUGAGGACUUGUUCGUGUUGUAUGCGUCUCAUGAGCAAAGACAACAAAUGAUUAGAGAAUUCUGGGGGUCCGAAUAUGCAGUUUUUAGAGAAACCCACAAGGAUUUAACUCUUGAACAAGUGUGUGAGAGUAGCGUGGAAAAAAGGAAUAUCAUUGCAAGAAAUUUGAUUGGUACCAUUACCGCUUCUGUCGAAAAGGGUUCUGCAGGUUUCCAAAUUUUACAUGCUGCCAUGAGAGAGUAUGUGAAAAUUGCUAAUGAGAAGGAAACCUCUGAAUUUAUUGAACUUCUCCAGGAAAAUUUCGCUGACUUGGUACAUACUCCUGAGGGUGCAGACGUUGCUUCCACUCUUAUUGCUAAGGCCAACGCAAAGGAAAGAAAAGUUAUUAUUAGAAAUUUGAAAGAUCAUGCUGAUAAAUUGAUCAAGAAUGAGCAUGGUAAUUUGGUUUUCAUCACUGCAUUGCUAUGUGUUGAUGAUACAGUGAUGAUGUUCAAGUCGUUCGGUCCAACAGUGAAGGAGAAUUUGAAGGAUUUUAUCGUUGAUAAAUACGGAAGAAGACCAUUCCUUUACAUUCUCCUAGGACUUGAUGGUAAAUAUUUUUCGCCAAUUGUUAAAAAGGAUCUCCAAAGAUAUAUCGAAUACUCCCAGGCUACAUCUAAGAAGCCCGCUCUUCAAAGAAGAAAGGAACUUCUCAAUAAAUUUGCACCAAUAUUUCUAAGCACCAUAGCAACCAAUUAUGAUGAAAUCUUGUCUGAAAACCUGGGCUGCCAAUUUGUUGCCGAAGUUCUAUUGAAUGAUGACCUUUACGAGCAAUUGUCCGAAAAAGAUGUCGAGCGUUUUCAAAAUGUGAUAGAUUCUACCAUUACAUUCUUCAAAGGUGAUCCUUCAGAGGAAGAACACCCUAUCAACAACAAACCUUUCUCAGUACGUUUACUAAAAUCCUUGAUACAAGGUGGUAAAUGGAAUGCAAAAGAAAGAAAAAUUGAACCCUGCAAGCAUGUUAAGGGACUAGGUGAAUCUUUUGCUCAAAAGUUUUACGAUGAAAUUAUUAGUUUAAGAAAUCUUUUGGGGUGGAUCAACAAUGAAAAUAGCUCUUUUACGAUCGUUGCCAUCUAUGAAACCUUAUCUAAAGCAAAUUCCAAGGACUUUUUGAAAGAUUUGAAGAGUUUGUCAAAAUCGAUUGACAGAGGCAAUGAGAAAAACAAAGGUGCACAGCUUUUGCUUAAGUUAAUGGCUUCUAAAUAG